AGAAGGUACCCCAAAUACUCUCCCUUACCUGCCAUGCUUGCAGCUAGUUCCCUCUAAAGACUACGAUAUGGCUCUCCCGACUCCAGCCUCCACUCUCAACAUCCUCAGCCCACAGUCCUCUUCACCAACCUCCACUCGUGCCGCCGUCAUUCUCCCGGGUUUGGGGAACAACAGCGGAGAUUACCGAAGCCUCUGCAGGACGCUUACGGAUGGCUACGGAAUCCCCACCGCGGUGGCCAAGGUCUCCCGAUUUGACUGGCUUCGAAAUGCCGCCGGCCUCGUCGACUCUAACUACUGGAGAGGCACUCUCAGCCCAAGACCCGUCCUCAAUUGGUAUCUGGAAAGAGUUGUGGCAGCCGUCGCCGAAGCUAAAAAGCUCUGUUCAGAAGGAGGGCGCAUAGCAUUGAUAGGACACUCAGCUGGUGGAUGGUUGGCGCGAGUCUACAUGAAAGAAUUUGGAUGGUCGGAUAUCUCUUUACUGCUAACUCUAGGGACCCCUCACCUGCCCCCUCCAAAAGGUUUAGCAGGAGUGAUUGAUCAAACCAGGGGACUCUUGGACUAUGUUGAAAAGCAUUGUGCACCAGCAGUUUAUACAUCAGAACUGAAAUAUGUUUGUAUUGCUGGAAGAUAUAUUCGAGGAGCACAGUUCAUUAGCAACCUUGAUUCAAAUAUUAUAGCUCAGGUUGAUGAUGACAGAGGAGCUUCUGUAUUAGUUAAGAAAGAGGGAACAGUUAAAUCCACUCCAGUUGCCCCCACUAUGCGUGCUCGCUUCAUUGGCCAAGGUUACAAGCAGGUAUGUGGAAAGGCAGAUGUAUGGGGAGAUGGAGUCGUUCCAGAGAUGUCAGCUCACCUCGACGGCGCCCUCAACAUAAGCUUGGACGGAGUUUAUCACUCUCCUGUUGGUUCAGAUGAACUACUAAGGCCUUGGUAUGGAUCUCCUUCGGUGGUCCAGCAAUGGAUCGCUCACCUUCUUAAUUGACACCGUAAAGUAAGCUUAGAAGCAGCCUUUUUAUUCUCCUUGACCUGCUACUCUAAAUAUCUUCAGUAUAGUUGCAGAAAUUAGUUGUAUUUAAUGAUUCAUUGUGGUUAUUUGGAUUGUUUCAUCCUAAUUUCUCUCAUUGAGAGCUUUGGGAUUGAAAUAUAAUCAUAUUCCACAAAGCAAAAUCCAUCUCUAGGAUUUGUUA